AUGUUUAACUUUCCGCCCAAAGCAAAUGAAGAAUGGCUUGUCGACCCAGAAAUCGCCCCAUACACAGAGGACCUUAAUAAGCUGGUUCCUCUGGACGAGCUACAUGAUGUCUGCACGACUUGGCAGAGCUACUGGCGUUCGUAUGCCGAGCGGGUGACUGUGCCUUUUUUAUACGCGGUAGUUGACCAGGACGGCUUUUGGGACUCCUCGGAAGAAGGCACCAUGCAAUCCACCCAAGUAUUCCAGACAGAGAGUCCCAAGGUUGAGAAUGUGGGCAUGCCUAUGGCGCCUCAUUGUAUGGAGAUGAGCUUGCAGGGAACGGCAUGGCUGUUACGCUGUUUGGGGUUUGCGAUUGAAUGUACUAUGGGUCAAGAUAUCUAUGGGAGUAUAUCAUCUAUUUUAAUAGCAGCAUUAUGCCGGCGCAGCAAAGAUGGCAACCCGCUCUGGGGCUACUAG